UGUCUGUCAGGUGACUGGAACGACCUGGAUCAUGUCGUAUGCGAUGUUGUACUGUGAUUGAAAAUAAUGAUCAGUUUAUCGACAUGAGAAGACCAGGAAGGACCUGACAGCGCCUCCACACCGUAUAUUCACAACACAAAGUAAGUAGCCAUCAGUAAUUGUUUCCAUUCUGAUUAACCUGGAACUCCGAUCACUAACACCAUGGAUCAAGAGGAGGAAAAGCCCCUCAUAAGGGCGCAGGUGCGCCGGAGUGUGAGCUAUUCAGACACGCCCACCCCUGCCUCACCGGACGUCCUAGACGAAAAAACCAUCCCAGGAUUUCCUAAGAUCAUCGUACCAAAACGUCGGGUUGUGAUAGAACCAGUGUUGUUCCUCUACUGCCUUGCGUUGGUAGGUAGCUUGCCUAUUAUGUCGCAAUACCUUUACGCUCGCUUCGAGGAGACUUACCCUAUUCUCAUCAACGGCACCCAAAACGAAAACACCACGGAAGGAAAGGGAUGCCAACAUGUGAACCUUUCGGACCCCAUAUUUAUAGCGACACAGUCUGUCCAGUCAGAGACGUCUAAAUGGCAAAUGUACCUACAGGUAACGUCGUCAUUGAUAAACGUUGUGACCACGAUACUCUACGGGGCGUAUUCCGAUGCUGCAGGCAGGCGAAUUGUCUUGAUCCUACCCGCCGCAGCCAUGACCAUCAAGUUCAUUAUAAACUGCUUCAUCAUCUACUUCGACCUCCCUGUGUACUACUUCCUAAUCGGACAAGUGUUCGAUGGUCUUGGAGGCGGGUUUGCGACAAUGAUGAUGGCUGUCUUUGCAUAUAUUGCUGACAUCACAACCCCAGAGCAGCGAGGGAUGCGAAUUGCUAUAGCGGAGGCAUGUUUGGCGAUGUCCUUGGCAAUUUCACAGCUGGCUAUCGGGUACUUUAUCCGAGCCACAGGGUACUUUUACCCCUUCCUCUCCCUGACUAUCAUACUACUCUUAAACAUGUUAUAUCUGUCUUGCUUUGUCCCCGAAACAGUCGUCAAACAGAGAGCAAGGAAGUUUUCGCUCACAGCUUCUCUGAAACAGACAUACACGACAUACGCGGAAAAGGACGACAGGAGGAACAUCAAGGUUGUGCUGUUGACUUUGGCUAUUCUUGUCUUCUCUUUCCCAAUUGGCAGUAAAUUUCAGUUGCAAAUUCUGUUCACGAUGAAUGUUCCUCUUUGCUGGAGUUCGGUAGAGAUUGGCAUCUACAUGGGCAUCACCGCACUCGUGCUGCAGUUUGGUGGACUCAUCGGUCUCAAGUGCUUUAAGAUGUGCAAAAUACCGGAAAUAUGGAUCGCCGUGAUCGGUUGCCUGUCUUGGAUGGCAUCGAGCCUGGUGAAUGCUUGGGCGGAUACGAUGUUCCUUAUGCUAAUGGUGUGUCUGGUUGGUAUAUUCCUGAUGGCGGGUGUGCCGAUGUAUAGAACAAUCAUCUCCAGGCUGGUUAGGCCGGACGAACAAGGGAAGGUAUUUGCGGGCGUGGCUUGUGUGGAGGCGAUCGCCAGCUUGGUCAGUUCCGUAGUGAUGAACGAGAUCUACCAGAAGACGCUCUACUUCAUGCGGGGAUUCAUCUUCCUUGUUGCCGCAUUCUUCGGUCUGGGGGCCAUGAUUAUUACUUUAGUCUAUAUAUGCUUUGACCGGGCUACAGGAGGUAAAACGGGGCGUCACCAUGUGAUAGUUAACGACUCUGAAUCGGCGGCUGAAGAAGAAAGAUAGUCCUCUCGGCGCGCCCGCCACAGCCUACCCGGAGACACCUGGCUGUUCUGUUUGAUGCAGCUGGUUUUGCAUUUAGUUUAUUGGUCAAAGAUUGGGCCUAAGCAGAUCAUUAAUGGCUCAGUGGGUCGACUGCGUGUCAAGCUAUCAGAUUCGAGAUCCUGGUCUCAACCGGUGUCUAACUUCUCGGCCAAUGUUUAUAGGGCGCAGAGACUUUUGAGUAUAUGGAGGUGUUCGAUGAUUAAAUACUGUACUGUGGCAUUCUGCCCGACCGUGUGUAAAAGUGGAGUACAUUUUACUUGCAAUUGGUCCAAUACUUAUAAUUGAUUAUAUUCAAUUAAUGACUAAUUGAAAAUAAAAAAAGGUUAAAAAAGAAGAAGGGCGAUUGUUUUUGCUUAUAACCACCAAUUUUAAUUUAUACCCGAUUCAAGUUUUACAAUACAUUUCAUU